AUGGAGGUCCUCUCUGCGGUAUCCGCUUGGGCCGCCACCGCCGUGUGCCGAAACACCGGUUUAAGUGACUGGUCGCAUGCGCUGGUAGCUGGCAAUGGAACAGAUCUGGGCUCCAGACUUUCCGCAGGUGCCAUCCUGUAUGAACCUGGAUCCAGCGGAUUCAUAAAUGCAACCACUCGAUGGUCUGCCUUUGACGCACCCGUGGUCAAUCUUGUCGUUGUUCCCAGUACCGAGGAGGAUGUUGCCGAGACGGUCAAGUUCGCCAAUCAAUUCAAUUUGCCGUUUCUUGCUAUUUCCGGCAAACAUGGCGCCAUCACUUCUAUUGGUCAGAUGCAGACCGGCAUUGAAAUCUGGAUGGACCAGCUAAACAAUAUUACCAUAUCCGAAAGCGGCGAUUCGGCUCGAAUUGGAGGAGGCUCUCUGUCUAAAAAAGUCUUGGAUACCCUCUGGGAUGCAUCAAAGCAAACAGUCACUGGAGGAUGCGAAUGCACCAGUCUCCUAGGACCAGGCCUGGGCGGUGGCCAUGGAUGGCUUCAAGGUCGCCAUGGGCUCGUUGCAGAUCAAUUCCUCUCCAUGAACAUUGUGUUUGCAAAUGGCAGCCUGCAGACUAUCAAUGAAGCGACCGACCCCGAUCUCUGGUGGGCCAUUCGAGGUGCAGGACACAACUUCGGCAUCGUGACUUCGGUCGAGGUCAAAGUCUAUGAUAUCGAGUAUAGUGACUGGGCGUACGAAAUGUUUACUUUUGCGAGUGACAAAGUUGAAGAGUUCUACGAGACUAUCAACACUGUUAUUCCCAACAAUGCAACUGAUGCUCCUGUUGAUAUUAUCCAUUAUGGAUUCUUCUACAAUGAUGCUACAGUUGAUGCCACGGGCCCUACCACUUUAUUCUGGAUUCUCAAGGAGGGUGCUACGUCUAUCGAUUCAAACUACACGCAACCAUUCCACGACCUGGGUCCUGUCGCGACAGAUGCUGGCAGUGGCAACUAUCUGGACUUACCUGUCUGGACCGGUAUGGAUAACACAGCCGGUCCGUGCCAGCACACGGGCAUCUCUAACAUGCGAUUCCCUAUCGACAUCAAGACAUAUGAUCCGCAGGCCAUGCGCAAAGUGUAUGACGCCUACGCAGCUGCCAGCAUCGAGACUCCAGAACUCAACGGUGGUUUCAUGUUGAUCGAGGGCUACUCUCUAGCCGGCGUCAAAGCUGUGUCCAGCGAGACGACUGCUUUCGCUCACCGUGACGACAAUCUCUUGUUUGCCCCAGUCAUGCACUGGAACUCUACUAGUGCUGAACUGGACCAGAAGGCCAUUGAUCUAGGAAAUCAGCUUCGCGAUAUUGUCUAUCAGGCUACCAACCAAACAGAACUUCACGCCUAUGUGAAUUAUGCGGCUGGAGACGAGGGCAAGCAGAGUUGGUACGGAUACGAACAGUGGCGACAGGACAAGUUGUUGGCCGUCAAGGACAAGUAUGAUCCGCAACGUCGGUUCAGCUUCUACGCGCCCAUAGCGUAA